AUGAUGGCGGAGCAGGUGAAAUGCGCCUCGGCGGGGGGCGGCUCGGGAGCGGGCUCCGGGCCGGUGGUGAACGCGGAGCUGGAGGUGAAGAAGCUGCAGGAGCUGGUGCGCAAACUGGAGAAGCAGAACGAGCAGCUGCGGAGCCGGGCGGCCAGCGCGGCCGCCGCCCCGCACCUGCUGCUGCUGCCGACGCCGCCCCCCGCCGCGCCGCCCCCCGCCGGAGCCUGCAGCCCGUUGGGUCCGCGGAGCCCCCCGGCCGCCACGGCCGCCGCUACCCCCUCGGGGGGCCUGGGGCUCGGGUUGGCGCUGGGCGCCGCAGGCGGGGGCGGCGGCGGCAGCUCCAGCCCCAGCCCCGCCUUCCCGGGACCCUACUGCCUGCCCAGCCCGGCGCCCUCCCUGCUCUGCAGCCUGGCGCAGCCCCCCGAGGCGCCCUUCGUCUACUUCAAGCCGGCGACGGGCUUCUUCGGCGGCGGGCCGGAGCUGGGGGGCGCGGGGACGCCACCGGGGGCAGCCGCCGCGCCGCCCUCGCCGCCUGCCACGCUGCUGGACGAGGUGGAGCCGCUGGACCUGGAGAGCGUGGCCGCCUGGAGGGACGAGGAGGACGACUACACCUGGUUAUACGUUGGCUCUUCAAAGACGUUCACCCCAUCUGAGAAAUCCCCGAAUCCUUUGCAGUGGUGUAGACAUGUCCUAGAUAACCCGACUCCAGAGAUGGAAGCAGCCAGACGUUCCCUGUGCUUUAGACUGGAGCAAGCUAGCCGAUGGCGGAGUCUCUUCUCUUCAACUGCCUCACUGGCUUUUCCUUAUAGUCCUGUUGCAAGACUCAGCCCUUAUAGCAAUGGCAUUAAUACUCCCAGCUUCUCUAAAACCUCAAAUAAAGCAAUACUAACACCUGAAAGAACAGGUUAUACUUCCAGGGGCUCCCCUCUCAGUCCCCAGUCAUCUAUUGACAGUGAGCUGAGUACUUCAGAAUUGGAGGAUGAUUCUAUCUCCAUGGGAUAUAAAUUACAGGACCUCACUGAUGUUCAGAUCAUGGCUCGUCUACAAGAAGAAAGUCUCAGGCAAGAUUAUGCUUCUACUUCAGCAUCUGUGUCAAGACAUAGUUCCAGUGUGUCAUUGAGUUCAGGAAAAAAAGGGACAUGUAGUGAUCAAGAAUACGAUCGAUACAGUCUGGAGGAUGAGGAAGAAUUUGAUCAUUUGCCACCACCCCAGCCUCGUCUCCCAAGAUGUUCACCUUUCCAAAGAGGAAUUCCCCAUUCACAGACUUUCUCCAACAUUCGGGAGUGUAGGAGGAGCCCUAGUUCCCAGUAUUUUCCUUCAAAUAAUUACCAGCAGCAACAGUGUUAUUCACCUCAAGCCCAAACUCCAGAUCAGCAACCAAAUAGGACCAGUGGAGAUAAGCUCCGAAGAAGUAUGCCUAAUCUAGCCCGGAUGCCAAGUACAACCACUGUUAGCAGCAAUGUUAGUUCUCCAGUCACCGUACGAAACAGCCAGAGUUUUGACUCAAGCUUGCAUGGAGCUGGAAAUGGAAUUUCAAGAAUACAGUCUUGUAUUCCAUCACCAGGACAGCUUCAACACAGAGUCCACAGUGUCGGACAUUUCCCAGUGUCAGUCCGACAGCCUCUGAAAGCCACAGCCUACGUGAGUCCCACCGUUCAAGGCAGCAGUAACAUGCCUUUAUCCAACGGCUUGCAGUUAUAUUCCAACACAGGAAUCCCCACACCAAACAAAGCUGCAGCUUCUGGAAUCACAGGCCGCAGUGCACUUCCAAGACCUUCACUGGCAAUAAAUGGCAGUAACCUGCCUCGAAGCAAAAUUGCACAGCCCGUUAGAAGUUUCCUUCAGCCUCCAAAGCCUCUGUCUUCACUCAGUACUCUGAGGGAUGGGAAUUGGAGAGACGGUUGCUACUGA